AUGGAUCCUCAGGCAAUCGUGAGUGUCUGCAGGGGUGCUGUACUCUUGACCGCUCCCACCUGCGAUUGCCCGCGGUUUGAGGAAGCACCUUCCAUGCAGGCGAGUCUCUCCGUCUCUUGCACCCCGCACAACUCGCCUCCUCUAGCCUUAAAAGUGGACCCCAAAUUCCAGGACCGGAACUUCUGGGCCAGCCUCCAUGGCCAGGUUCCGGGCUUGCUGGAUUGGGAUAUGGGCAACGAGUGCUUCUUGACCUUCACCACGACACACUUGUCCGAGGCCGAGCAGAAACUUGCCCUGUACAGACUCCAACUUGUUGAACCACCAAAACUGCCUUUGGAAAAAAAACCCAACCCUGAUAAAGAUGGUCCAGACAUUGAGCCCAAUCUGUGGAUGUGGGUGAACCCAAACAUCGUGUAUCCUCCCGGCAAGCUGGAGGUCGCAGUGAAAAAGGAAGACCAGAGUGCGCUGCCUGCUUUCCAGCCAGCCCUGAAAGAGGAGGAAGACAGCUGUUCAGAAGCUUCGGGUACAGCAGCCAUUGCCUCCUUGCAGGCAGAAGAGGAAGCAGAGGAGAAGCACAUUGCCUCUUCCCCUAGCACCUGGGAGGAGCCUACAGAAGAGGAGGAGGCCAAGGCUCAUGACGACAGCUCCUCUCUGGCUCUCCCAUCCCUUCCCACAAGGGCUCCACUCGAGAAUCCGUGGAGGCUUCCGCAAGCCAUCAGCCCAGAGGGGAGGCUCUGGUCCCGGCCCCCUCUCCAUUACUUCCAUCUGAUUGCCUUGGCACUCAGAAACAGUCCCCCCUGUGGCCUCAAUGUACAGCAGAUCUACAGCUUCACUCGAGAGCACUUUCCUUUUUUCCGGACAGCCCCAGAAGCCUGGAAGAACACAGUCCGUCACAAUCUCAGUUUCCGAGACAGCUUUCAGAAAGUGCCGGCCAGUCAGCAGGGCGUCGAGGCCAGCACUGGGCCUCGAUCCUGCCUCUGGAAGUUGACCGAGGAGGGACACCGCCGCUUUUCCAAGGAGGCCCGCACCUUGGCUUCCACUCAGCUGCAAAGUAUCCAACAGUGCAUGAGCCAGCCAGAUGUGAUGCCCUUCCUCUUUGACCUUCAGGAUGAAUCAUCCAUGCCCUAUUAA